AUGAACUCUUCUAGGUUAUUCCUUCGGAGUAGAGCCCCAGCCAGCUUCUUACAUCGGAGUUUAGUCUACAGUCAAACAAUAUCAAGGGCUAUCCAUCAGACAAACAUCUCACCUUCUGGUAAGAGCGAGAAGGUGGAAUCUUCAUCAAGCUCACAUCAUGGCUCUUCAAAGUUUGUCAAAGUAGCAGCUUGCUUUGCGAUUGUCGGAGCUGGUGUGGGUGCAUAUAGCGUCUUUGCCAAAUCUAAUACCCCGGAGAAGCCCACAUACGGAUCCAAUGAAGAUUUCAAAAAGGCAGUGAGGGAGAUUCAAGAAAAACUCGGUGAUGAUCAGAUCAGCACGGAUGAAAGUGAUUUGCAGCAGCAUGGCUAUUCAGAGUGGUCCUCUGUCAACGCCGAACGUCUUCCAAUGGCGAUCGCAUAUCCAAGAUCUACUGAAGACGUCUCUGAGAUUGCUAAGAUUUGCCACAAGUAUAGGCUUCCUAUGAAUCCAUAUUCUGGCGGAUCAAGUCUUGAAGCCAAUUUUUCGGCUCCCCACGGCGGAGUAACAAUUGACUUCUUGGCUAUGGAUCAGGUCAUUGCGUUGCACGAAAAGGACAUGGAUGUUGUUGUUCAGCCGUCCAUUCAAUGGACAGAACUCAACCAGAGACUUCAGCAUACGAAUCUUUUCUUCCCAGUUGAUCCUGGCCCGUCAGCCAAGAUUGGAGGCAUGGUGGGAACAAAUUGCAGCGGGACAAAUGCGAUGCACUACGGUACUAUGAAGGAUUGGGUCAUCAACCUGACGGUCGUCCUUGCAGAUGGCCGCAUAAUCAAGACACGCCGCCGCCCACGAAAGACGUCUGCAGGUUAUAAUCUAACAGGAUUGUUCGUUGGAUCCGAGGGCACAUUGGGUAUGGUGACUGAGAUUACAUUGAAACUGUGCCCCAUACCCGAAAAUACACGAGUUGGAGUGGUCACAUUCAGUGACAUAGGAAAGGCUGCCACCGCGGCAUCGAAGAUUAUUCGACGAGGAAUUCCAGUGCAGUGCAUGGAGCUUAUGGAUGACGUGCAAAUGAGCGUCGUAAAUCGUGCAGGGGGGACUUCGAGGGUUUGGAAAGAAUUGCCGACGCUCUUCUUUAAAUUCUCAGGCACAAAGGGACAGGUUGCGGACAGCAUCAACCAGACAAAAGAGACAAUUCAGCCGUUUGCAGAAACAUUUGAGUUUGCAAAAGACGAAGAUGAGGCUCAUACACUGUGGUCGGCACGCAAGGAAGCCCUGUGGAGCAUGAUUGCCCUGGGCGAUGAAGGCUCGAGUGUAUGGACCACAGAUGUUGCAGUACCCAUAUCAAGUUUAAGGGAAAUAAUCGAAACGUCAAAGAAAGAGAUUGAUGACCUGGGGGUUUUCGCCGGGGUUAUCGGUCAUAUUGGCGAUGGAAACUUCCAUGGCUUCAUUCUACAUAACAGAAAUGAUGCGGAUGAACAGAAAAGGGUUGAGCAGUGCGUUCAUAACAUGGUAGAGCGUGCUCUGGAAAUGGAUGGAUCAUGCACAGGCGAGCAUGGAAUUGGCUUGGGUAAAAAAGAUUUCCUGCUUCGAGAACUGGGUUAUGAUACCGUAGAGGUAAUGCGGAAUAUCAAGCUUGCGCUUGAUCCGCAUUGGUUGUUAAACCCCGGAAAGAUUUUCGACUUCAAGAAUUAA